CCAGAUUUGGAACAUUAAAUUUUGCAGGCCAAUUGUGGCUCCGCGAUGGCGUGUGCCUGGCCGUAGUGGGAAACCCCACUCAGAUCGCUCAGUGCCAAUCCGUGCGAGUGCACAGUAGCUAAAGCCCACCUUUCCUGAGACUUGGCACUCUCCAAUGGGCUGUUCUGACACUUCAGGCAUCCCCAUGGGCAGCACGAAAGUCAUCAUGGUCGCUGCGGCAGGAGCAGGCGCCAAAGUGAAAUGGUGUUAUUAGAGAUCCUUGGGUCGUAACAACCACAGUCCUGAGCAGACGGGUUAAGAUUGGACCAAGCCUCACUACGAAAACCAUGUCGAGACGGGGACUGUUGGUGCCGCCUCAGAAACCAAAAGCCCCCAAGAUUCCUAAGCGGAGAGACGACAGGAUCAUAUUGCAUUUUGACUAUGACUGCUUCUACGCCAGCGUCUUCGAGAACGAAAACCCGGCUCUGAGGUCGUUGCCACUGGGCAUAAAGCAAAAGAGCAUCCUCGCGACCUGCAACUAUGUCGCCAGGGCCCGAGGCGUUAAAAAGCUGAUGCUGAUCUCGGAGGCGCAGAAGCUAUGUCCUGACCUCGUGCUGAUGAAUGGCGAGGACCUGACGCGCUUUCGGGUUGCAUCCAAGAAGCUUUGGUUGUUCUUGCGUUCGCACUCCUGGAACAACAAAGUGGAACGAUUGGGACUGGACGAGGUAUUUUUGGAUAUGACCGACAUUAUUGAGUAUAAUCAGCAGAUACUCAACCCGAAUGCGUUAGCGGAGUCCUUCUUUCAGCUGGAGCGGCUGGAUCCGGAAAGGGGAUUUCAGUUCAGCGCCAAUAGUGUCUUGGGGUGCACCUAUCCGGAAUUGUAUCCCAAGGAGGUCGCAAGCUUUUCAAAUCUGCUCUAUGUUCGUUUGAUGCUUGCGUCUCAUCUCGCAGGAUACCUGCGGCUCCAACUCGAAGCCUUCGGUUACACCUCAACUUGUGGAGUGUCUACGAACAAAGUCCUGGCCAAGUUGGCGGGCAGCGUGCAUAAGCCCAAAAAUCAAACCACGUUACUAGGUCUUCGAGAUGAGGACGUUCAGGGGUUCAUGGACUCCCACCAGAUACGAAAAAUCCCUGGCUUGGGAUCCAAGACUUCACUUCUCAUAGAAAACCAUAUCCUUUCCAAGACGAUUUAUCAAACAGCAGAACAUGUCCCCCAUGACGAGGAACACCCCAAGUUCACAACACACGAGGUCUUAGCAUUCCCAGACAUGUCACCAGAGCUCCUAGAGAAAAUCAUCCACCGGCCCGGCACAGAGCGCGGCAUCGGCGCGAAGCUAUGGAGCUUGCUCCACGGCGUCGACGAAAUGGAGGUCAAAGAGGCGCAGGACGUGCCGACACAGAUCAGCAUCGAAGACACAUAUGUAUCCAAUCCAAUAAACACCCCGCAGGAACUCUUACCCGAGCUACGUGACCUCUCAAUCUCCCUCCUUGAGAGAAUGCGUCACGACCUAGUCGACGACGACCCCUCCGCCGAACAACCCGGCGGCAAAAAAUGGCUCGCCCAUCCCAAGACGCUGUGUCUAUCGACACGCGUAAAGCCACCAGGACCGGGUCCAAACGGAGAGCAAGCAAAAGAGAGCUUCACCCGCAGCUCCAAAAGCCAAUACCUGCCAAAUUUCGUGUUCAACCUCCAAGGCGACUUGAAGCAGAUAGCCCAACGGCUCGUCCAUGAGGCCGUCCUCCCUCUGUUCACCCGUCUGCAUUCCGAGCGUAAUGGCUGGAAUUUGGCACUUAUUAAUAUUUGCGCUACGAAUAUCGUGCUUACCGGCAAUGAGACUGGCAUAGGGAGCGGGAGGGAUAUAGCAGUUAUGUUCCGGACGCAGGAUGCUAAGUUAAGGGAGUGGAAGGUUUAUGACGAGGGUACAUUGUCGCCUACACUCGUUGCGCCUGGUGAAACGCCGGUCAGCAUUGACGGUCGCGACGAGAAGAAGAAGCAGCAGCAGCAGCAGACUCCAUCAUCAGGCCCGGCGGCAAACGUGUAUACGGAUAUGCGUUUCGACGAAGAUGGAGGUGAGGAUGAGGACCCCGCGUUUCCGGACAGCGAGGCAGAGGAUUGUACAAUGGCGUGGGAGGCUGAGGGUGGAUCGCGUAAGUGUCUCGUCUGCGGACACUCGAUCCCAGCUUUUGCGGUGUCGGCUCACGAGCGUUUCCACGUCUUGGGGGAUUCGUGAGAACGAAUAGCCUUUUCGAAGAGAAUAACGACAGGGAAUGAACAAAACAAAAUGCCGGGCAUGAUACCCCGAUCCAAUCACGGUGUUAUGGUUUGGAAGUAAUAACCGAUUGGGAAUGAUGUGGACAUGGAUAUGAAUAUAGAUUAUACUACACUUGGAAAUGGUGUGAAUCGUGAACUUGGACUCUCCAAGAUGUACGUUACAAGAUAAGAAACAACUCAGUGUCAGACGGUCUCAAUAUAGUAGUAAAUUUUGCGAG